GUAUCUGCGUUUAAAACUCAACUUUGAUGUGGAGUUUGGGUGCGCGCAUGUUUCAGCAGAAUUUACACUCAUUUCUGGUUUAUGCGCACUACUGCGUUUUUUUUUAGGUGUUUGGCCAACGCGCAGAAAAUCAUCGCGUAGGGAGAAAUAUCGCAUCCCCUCAGAGGCUUUUUCCAGAUCUCCAUGACAACAAUUUGCAAUGGUGAAGAAUUCGAUACCAGGGCGUUUGGAGGCUGAUUGGGGUGCAUUGUGAGUGGCCUGGGGUCGCUGAUUGGUUCAAGAAAAGCACCAUAACUACAAGGAGUUUAUAUUCAUUCAACUUGUUGAAGUGCUCAUACUGCAGCCUGGAGAGAAGUCUACUUGGACUGUGGCUUCAACAGAAUUCAUCCAGCAGUGAUCUGAACGGUGGAUUACACUUUUUAAAAAUAUGGACUGAUUUAAUAAAGACUUGCGGAAAAUGGCAAAUGCAGACAGUGAGGUCAAAACGUUGCUCAAUUUUGUAAAUUUGGCAUCCAGCGACAUCAAGGCGGCCCUGGAUAAGUCAGCUCCAUGCAGACGCUCCGUGGAUCACCGGAAAUAUCUGCAGAAGCAACUGAAGCGUUUCUCUCAAAAGUACUCCAGAGUCCCAAGAUGCCACACGCACAGGUCUGCGGAAUACAGAUGCGCCAAACCGGCAGGGACUGUUCACCAGAGCGUGGCGGUGUCAGAAAAGGCCAGCUCUGAUGCGCAAGAUGUGGAGAACGUGGGGAGCGCCGUGGAGCAGGUGCCUAUGAGGAAACGCCAACUGCCAGCCUCAUUUUGGGAGGAACCCAAGCUGACCCAGACUAAGAGGGAGCACUCAUAUUUAGGAUUGAGAAAGAGUCCAGCGGGCACCUCUGAGGGAAAUGAAAAUGAAAAGAGGAAAAGGAGUUAUGACGAGGACGCAAAAGCCACAAUGUCUGCGUCCAGUCGGCGCAACUCUGUGGAUAAAGAGACGCUGAAACUGGACCUGAGCUCUCACCAGUGUGUGAGUGUGUGCGGCUGCUGCCCCUUCCAGUACCAUGGACACCAGGUCCUCCACAGUCAUAUUGUUGUCCCCCAUCCACCCCUGGGACUGUGGAGCAAAGCAGCAGGGACUGAGACAGAGAGACUUGAGCAUCCUUAUGGACAGAAAAUUCACACCCACGUUGUGGUCAAACCAAUACCCACCAAGCCCACUGCUCAGUCACCCAUCUUCAGUGUGUUUGGGUUCAUUUAAGUAACCUACUAAUGAAUCAAUCACACAAAAAAGUGUAAAUAGGACUAAUGAUUUUCAUGUUGUGUUCUACACAGCACCUUUCUCUUCCUGCAUUUUUAAAUGAGACAUAUCCUCAAGCACUUAUCGGGAUGCUUCAUCUAUUUUUGUCAUUUAAACCUAAAGGAUUGCACUUCAUGUCAGUCUCCUGCCACCUAUUUGAAAAUUUGACAGUAAGUUCAAAAGUUUCUACUUUUAGGCAUCUACAGAGAAGCACUGUUCUUUAUUUUAAGUACAAAAUGUCACAAAUGAAUCCAAACAUCCUGUUUUAGUUCCCUCUUUCAACUGUGAGAAUUGCCUUUUUGUCACAGUAAUGUUUGAUUGGCACAUUUGGAACAAUGGCGUUUUAUUUUUAAAUAAAUGAUUCUACUUCCCUCCAGAA